GCGGCGGGGCGGCUCCACUGUCCGCACCGUCUCUCGUGCUGUAUUGUAGUGCUCGUUACCUCGUUACCUGACGUCCGACAUGUCGCUCACCGCUAUUCUGCAACUAGCGACGGCGGCGCUGUGCGUGACUGCGCAAGCCGCGCCCCCAUCCUCGCCGCACUUCUUCUCCGCCACGCAUCGCCGCCUCAUCAGUCCAUUAGAUUAUUACAUGGAUAGUCCAGAAAUGGUAAAUUACUACACCUUGGCACAACAGAAAAACGUGCCGUCGCGGGCGGCGCGGCUGGAGACCUUGGACCCCGACAGCGAGGUGGAGCUGGUUCCCGGCGUGCAACCCCCGCAGCAGCCUCUGCAGCCGCCGCAGCCUCCCGUGGCGGGCAACAUUCCCGGCCUGGUCCCGGGGCAGCGGGUGUUCAUAGUGCACAUGCCGGUCCCGGGCUACAGGCCGGGCACCAUCGGAGGCUAUCAGCCCGUGUACAUCGUGGCUGCCGCGCCGCAGGGGCACUACGCCGGAGGCUACCAGAACACGCUGCUGGUGGAUCCUUCGGUGCAGGUGGUGUCCCCGCUGCAGCUGCGAGCAGCGCCCCCCGCGCCCGUCGCGCCUGUCGCACCCGUCGCACCCGUCGCACCCGUCGCGCCCGCCGCACAGCCUCAGCCCCCCGUGCUGCUCGGCACGCCCCUCGGAUACAACGCCGUCAACUUAGUCUACAAUCAUAGGGGCGCGGGCAGCUCGCAAGGCCCAGCGGAGCAGGCGCGCUCGCCAUCCAGCCUGCCGACGUCUGUAGACAACGCCCCGGACAAAGCGACGGGGUCGGAGACGAGGCGGGCGGGGCACAAGGGAGUGCUCAAGGAGGCUCAUGAGGCAGUGCAAGAGACGGGUCAGUCGGGCAGCGAGGAGACAAGAGAGAGCUUCGAGGACACCACCCACAGAGCAGAAGACGCCAGCAUGUAGCUUCUUCAUUGCUCUACUGCUUCAUAUGGCCUUCGUCGUUAUCUAUUCUGGACCUAAUUAAUUUUCAUAUAUGUUGUUUCUGAUCUUCUAAUUCUCGAAUGUUCUUUACAAUUGUUUAUAACUAAGAUAAUGACGAAAAUAUUCGUUAAAAGGCUAGUGUUGUAAAUAAAAUCCGUAGUAAAAAUAUAAAUAACCUGUAUACGUAUGUAAUUGUUUUGGGUUUAAUCGCAAUAGUUUGCCAACUUUUGUAAUUCAUGUUGUUUGUAAAAAAUAGUAAAAUAUUAUUGUACUUUGUAGAAUAAUUAUACUUUUAUAGGUAUUUAAAAAGGUACUAUUAUACAGGGUGUCACAGAAUGGUGCAAUAAUAUGACAGGGAUUGAUAUAUUCCACGAUGUAGAAUAUAGACUAAUUGAUUUGUAACAGCAAUUUUGUUUGUGUACCGUAACCAUUGUUACUGUAGCUAUUUAAAUAAUAUUUAUCUGAUGUCGUUUGUUGUUUUGUUGUGAUUUAACGCCCCCUGUAUCUCCCACCUUCCCUGCACUGUACACUCUAUGUCACCACCAGUAGCGCUGUCACCUUCUCUCACUAUGGGUCUCAUGCACGAUAUUAGAAAAACUAUUUAAGUAAUAAUUAUGAUCAAAUAACUUUACUUUGAUUAUUAUUAAAGUUUCAUAAUAAAUCUACCUUAACCUGACACUAUGUAGUUAUGCUUAGUCAAAAAUAUGUUUUGAGGACUAACAUCUUAUCAAAAA